AUGGAAGAAUUGCAAGACAUGCUCAAGAAGUUCAUGGGGCAACAGAUGCAAACCAAUCAGAAUCUUCAAAACGCAGUGAACAAACUAGAAGUGCAAGUUGGGCAGAUUGCAUCUUCCAUGAGCAAUAGAGCAUCCGGAACUUUCCCAAGCCAAACGGAGGUGAAUCCAAGGCAUCAAGAGCAUGCUAAAGCAGUACACAUCUUGAGAAGUGGUAAACAAGUUGAUAAUAAGGUUGGAGAUGCCAAUGAAGAGCAAGCAGAUGGAGAAAAUAUAGAGAUCAUUCAGCCACCACAUGGGCGGCCCACAGCUUCGAGCAAACAGUCCCUCAAUCCUUCUAGAAAGAUCACAAGCCCUAAUAUAUCAUCUAAUGCUAAUCAAGUUCCAAUUUCAACUAAUGAUUUUAGGCCUAUUGCACCUUUUCCUAACAGGUUAUCAAAGUCAAAGAAAGAUCAAGGCUUGGAUGAGAUAAUGGAAACAUUCAAGAAGGAUCUAUGCACUAACAAAAGGAGAUUCAAAGAGCAUGAACAAGUUGCAUUGAGUGAAGAGGUAAGUGCAGUGUUACAAAGAAAGCUACCUCCAAAGCUAAAGGAUCUAGAUAGAACUAUUAGGUACCCUAAAGGCAUUCUAGAAGAUGUUUCGAUGAAAGUGGAAGAGCUAAUUUUGCCAGCAGAUUUCUUGGUGUUGGAAGUGGAAGAAGCACCAAUUCAUGACAAUCAGUUACCACUCAUUCUAGGUUGGCCAUUCAUGGCAACUGCUGGUGCUAUUAUUGAUGUGAAGAAGGGUUGA